GCAGCGGGCCAAUCCGGGAGGACGUCAGGCGCCAAAAUUUGGGACGCCUCGAGCCGGGAGCGGCUUCUGACUAUUGGUGGGCUCGGGUGAUGACGUCAAGGAGGGGGCGCGGCUGCCAGGCGGUUCCCUGGAGGAAGCGGCUAUGGCGACGGGAGAUGGAGGGGAAGGGGAGCCGUCGAGGCGGAGGGACGCCGGGCCUCCGCCGGGGCCGAGCAGCGAGCCGGGACAGCGGGACAAGAAGAGGCCAGUUAGGGAGACUUCAGUAGAGAAAAGGGGGCCGUACAUCAUGAACAAAGCUCCUUCUAUUCAGGACAAACUCCAAAAACAUCGCGAAAUGGCCAAGGCAAUGCUACGAAGGAAAGGAGUGCUUUCAGGAGCGGUCCGGCACCAGCCCAAAUCAGCCACCAAGAGGUCUGUGAAAUUCAACAAAGGCUACACUGCUGUCAGCCAGACCUCAGACGAAACAUUGGUGUCCCUGGAUUCAGACAGUGAUGGGGAGCUGGAAUCACGAUGUUCCUCAGGUUACUCCUCUGCAGAGGUUAACCAAGAUCUCAGUCGCCAGUUGCUGCAGGAUGGGUACCAUCUUGAUGAGAUCCCAGAUGAUGAAGAUCUUGACCUCAUCCCUCCCAAACCCCUCUCCUCCUCGCCUUGUUCCUGUUGUUUUGGGGAGUCCUCCUCUUGCUCUAUACAGUAAGAGAUGGUCUCGGGGCUGCCCUGCCCAGGCUGAGACACGAGGGCUUUCCUUUCUUUGGGGCAUGUGGAUCAAACCAAUAUGGCAGGACUGGAAGGGUACUUUGGCAACUGCAAGAAUGGGACGUACCAAGGCACGGGUCGCACUUGCUCGGAGCACUAAGCAUUCUCUUGAAGCUCUUUUCUGUGGUGCAAUAGAGAACUGCAUGAGGGCCAGUUCCUCAAGAAAGCUGACGGCCAGGGUUGCCUUUCUGGAAACAAAACCUGCACAGAAGGUGAGGAGAGAGGUCAGGACAAGAGGCCUCAUGCCUGAAGGCAACCCAGCAAGCUCUUUAUUUGUUUGUGUGUUUCUUUAAAAAUGAAUGAAGAUAGUUGAGACUCUGCUUUAAGAAUCCUUGGAAUUGUGAAAACAAAUACAUUUAAAAAAAACCAAACACUUCAAGGGGAGAGGACCAGGGCUCUUCCUAUUCUACUCGGGGGUCCUUCACUAAACUGACUGGACACCCAAUUUCUGUUAUGAUACGAGGCCCUUGCAGGCUAAAAGUCUGCGUGCGACCUUUCCAGGAUGAAAACACAUCUCUUUUGAGCAACAUGGCUUGGCUUAGAUGGUUCUUGAGCUUUGUCUUGCUGUUUAGUGGCUUUAGGAUCCAGAGCAUUAUCUCCCUCACCUGGCUUCCUUGAGGGGGAUUCGAAGCACUUUGGGCAUCCGCACAGUUGCCCUCAUAUAUUUGGAACCUGGCCUCGUGAAACAGCAGCAUCCGAGACCUAGUAGGCUGAGGUUGGUUUUUGCUGCUGCCUCUCUCCUACCUUGAUGGCUUGGUCUUUUCUGACAGACGCGGCGCAAGGCUAGGCUCACUAGGAAACUGACAUUCUUCGAGAAAGCCACUAAACCCAGCAGGAAGAUCGGAAACAGUCAAUCGCUUUUGGUUCGAAUUGUUUUCCUUUGUCAGGACUUGGCGUUGGUUCAAAGAAACUUGCAUUUUUCUGACACCUCUCUCCAUAGGCAUCAAGUUCUUAUUUUUAUAUCGCCUGCAGUGGUAGAACUGGUUCUCCAGUUGAGUGGCCCAUAUUUAUUAUGCUUGUGUUUAUUAAAAGAUCUGUUAGAAAGCUUCUGACGUGCCCUGUAUAAAAACACGUUAUUCAUUUACAUGGGGAGCAGAGCUGCUGUAAAUGCUCCAAGAAAUGGGAGCUGGCUUUCCAGUUGAUUUCAGCCUGCUUGUACGGGUAGUGUACUUUUUCUCCUUGCGUUGUAAGUGAUAAUGGAUAGCAAGUUCCAAGACGGCGUUCUGUUUUGUAUUAGAAGCAGCAUCAGCGUUGGUUCAUGUUAGUGAACUUCUGAGAGGAGGAGGAGAGAAUGGAUGGAUCUUUGAGGAGUGGUUAACUUUGGUUACCUGGAGGUGGGCAGGGAGCACCUUUCUUGCCAUUGAUUUUGGACAAGAGGCUCCCAGUUUACUCCAGAUUGUACUGUGAAGGUCUCCUAAGCUCACACAGGAACGAGGAGACCUACAUGAUGUGGCCAUUUUGCCGCAUUUGUCUUUGGAGGCUAUAACUCAGUAUGAUUUCUUCCAUCUAAACUGCACUACAGGUUGGGACCGGAGGCCCAGAGGGUUUGGAUUGUGCUAAUUCAAUGCAGCCUGAACCUAUGCACUGCUGUGCUGGGUGAUUUAUUCUAUACCAAAGGUGGUGGUGGUGGCUGAUUCCUAGACAACCUGCUACUAGUUGUGAACUGUCAGUGAUAUUCAGCUUGGCGUAUUUGUAGCUUCUUUGCAGGGAGGCUUCAGUCUAGCUCAAGAGUGGGGAACCUAAGGUCUGCCCUAUGUUUUGGACCUCGAUGGCCGACUGGUCACGCUGGCUGAGGUUUCUGGGAGAAGGCCCAAAACAUCUAGAGAUUCUAGAGGUUUGCAAGUCCCCUAUUUCUGUGUUUUACCUAGAUGAAUGCAUAGAGAUGUGACCAAAUGCCCAGGGAAAUGUGCAAGUGUUUCUAGCUUCAAUUUGUCAAGAGAUCAAGCCUUGACCUCUGGCAGGUCAUAGUACAGAGCAAUGUUUGUUGACUGCUCCAUCAGGAACUAUUGCAAACAAGGGGGAGGUCAAGCUUUUUCUGUCCUUACAGACCAUCUGUAAAAGCCUGAAUUUAUUUAUACAGAGCUGGUAGCUGGGGAAGCCAUUACAUGAUGCAGACAGACAUGUUUUCUUUUUGUUUUUAUUUGCCUUUACAUGUUAUUAAUUUAUUUGUAUCGCUGUAUAUCACAUUCUUUGCUUGCAAAACCUCCAGCAGUCUUCGAGGUUAGAAGCGAAAUGUUCAUGGCUGAGUUUUGAGGUGUUCCUUCCACAUCUGGCUACAGUCUGCUUUUGUCGGGACAGACAAGGAUCAAGAACUAGCAGACCAGGUAGAACUAAACGCUGGCUCUCCGUUGCAAACCAAGACAUGCAGGCAAAAGGGUGUAUUUCACUUUUAUUUUUGUGUGUGUUUCUAUUUAUAUCAUAAUUUCUUGGAGGGAAGGGAGAUAGAUAACUAUGCCCAAUAGAGGGAUUUAAAAGCUGCCUUAAAAUACUAAAAUGCAUUAUAUGAAGACAAUCGUAUAGGAGAUUUAAUAUUAUAUUUACAGAGGACUGUCUGGCAAACUAUUUUGUACAUUCUGAGCCAGGGAAGUAUGCAUUAAUAAAAACUCCUUGCACUCUU